AUGUCCUUUACACCUCGCCAAAUCAAAUCAUAAAACAAAGAAUUAUAUCUAACUAGCAUACCUUAUAACAGUAAAUUUUAGAGAACUUUUACAAAUGAGGAAAUGUCAAGUGUGUCUAAAAAAUUAGAUUUUGAUUAAUUUGAUAAUCAAGUGUUAAAACCUAACACUAUUAUGAAAAUGAAUUCUGUUCCAAUUAAAGGAAUCAGUCAAAUAAGAUGA